AUGGCCACGACUGUGGGGAGGUACACCAUUUCAUCGGCUUUUGAGAGCGGAAAUGCGUCCGGGGCCGCCGCCGGCCCGCUCGGCGAGAACGACAUCCAUGUGUGGACAGCCCGCGACGGCGCCGGCUCAGUCUACGCCUCGCCGAACCGCUCGUGGUUUUUCUUCUCCAUCUCGAACCUCCAGCACGAUCCCGGUGCCACCAACGUCCUCCGCAUCACCAUCCGCGACCUCAACGGCCAGGCCAAGCUGUACUCGGCCGGCUAUCGGCCCUUCUACCGCGUCGGCUCGGAUCCGCAUGCAGAGCACGGGCCAGGCGCCCGCUGGCUGCCCAUCCCCUCGCCGCCGGCCUUUUACUCCACCUCGGCCAAGGACCCGCGCCCGCCCUUUCCGGACGGUCCGCAUCGUUCCGAUCGGGCCGCAGGCCGAGACGGCGACGACCAGCAGGCAGAGAAGCGCUUCGCCCUCCGCUUCGAGUACGUCCACCGCGUCCCGGCCAACUGUGCCGAGCCAGAGUGCGACACCGUCUUCUUUGCCUUUUGCGUCCCUCACUCGCUCACCACCCUUGGGCGGGUACUCGACGGCGUGGCGGGAAACGUCUCGGACGAUGUCUUCUUUGCCCGUGAGAUCCUGGCCUACUCGCUCGACGGCCGGCCGGUCGAGCUGGUCACAGUGACGUCGGCAGACGGAGCAGACCCGUCGGGCGCGCGUCAGCUCGGCACCUACUUUACGUCGCUUGCCAAGACUCGGACCAUCUUUCCUGCUGAAGGUGGAUCGUUCGGCUCGGCGGCGCCGCUCGCCCUCCGCCCACCACUGUUCCCAGCCAAAAAGUACUUUUUCGUCUCGGCCCGGGUCCAUCCAGGUGAGACGCCGGCGUCGCACAUGAUGGACGGCCUGCUCAAGUUCCUGGUCUCCGACGAUCCGCGCGCAAAGCUUCUCCGCGGCCUGUAUGUCUUUUGCCUGGUGCCAGCCGUCAAUCCCGAUGGCGUGGCCCGCGGCCACUAUCGGACCGACCCGCAUGGCGUCAACCUCAACCGGGUCUACGACGCCCCGUCGGUCCAUCUCCACCCGACUGUCGCCGCUAUCCGCACCUAUCUCGUCGCCCUGACAUCGGACGCCAGCUCGGGCGCCGGCCCGCCGGUCGACUUUUACAUCGACCUCCAUUCGCACGCCUCGCGCAAGGGCAUCUUUGUUUUCGGCAACGCGCUUGACGCGCCCGACGCCAUGCUUGCCAACGUCCUCUACGCCAAGCUCCUCGAGGUCAACUCGCCACACUUUGAGCUCGACGCCUGCGACUUUUCAUCGGCCGGCAUGGCCGCGGUCGACAAGCGCGACGGCAUGUCCAAGGCCGGCUCGGGCCGGGUCGGCAUCCAUGCCGCCACAGGCAUUCGGCACUGCUACACCCUCGAAUCCAACUACCAUUCGGGCAACCUAGCCAACGGCCUCGCGCCCGCCGCCAACGCCGACGCCUUUCCGCAAGCCGCGUCGUCGUCGCGCCGCUCGCUCACCCCGCCGCGCCCGCAGCGCUCGGCCGCCCGCUACACACCUGAGAUCUGGCGGCACAUUGGCAAGACGAUUGCCAUUGCCGCCCUCGAUCUUGCUGCCACCAACCCGUUUAACAGGCUCGAGCUUUCUGCGUACGGCUCGUUGGCCGGUGCGCGCUCGUCGGCUGCUGCCUGGCUUCGCAAGCGCAACGCGCUUGCCACGGCCAAGGCGCGAUCGACCAAGGCCAAGCCCCCGCCGGCCGCAUCCUCGGCGGCGUCGUCGUCAUCGUCGGUCUCAUCGUCGGCGUUUUUUGUCGACGUCGCGCCGCCACCGGCCAAGCGCCGCUCAAAGUCGGGCAAGGCGUCGGCGACGGUCAACAUGUGGCGGAUUGGCAACGCUGCCGACCCCUCGCCCGGCGAUCCCAUCGGGUAUUUGCUCGCCCGCGGCACCCGUUCCCGCACCGCACCGUCGGCCGCCGGUAAGGCCCGCGCCCGCAUGCGCGCCUUCAAGGCCGGCCUGCGCAAAAAGGCGGCGCAGCCGGCGGCGGCCAACGACGCUGCCAAAGAGAAUCUCUCCGGCUCGCCGCCGGCCAACGCGGCUGCGCCCAACAAUACCUCCUAG